AUGAUCUCGAGGCAAACCGCAGCAAUUCCGGAAAAAGGGGCACGAUGUGACGAGACCAGGCCAUCUUGCAAAGCCUGCCUCCGCCAUGGCAUCGAAUGUAGCCUUUCCAACCAGCCGGAGGUCACUUCCCCGGCCACAAGUUCUCCUCUCGCCGCCGACACGCCUUCACCUGGCCCGGGCCCGUCACCGCUCCCGCCGACCUUCCGGAGAAGCCGGGUUACAAGUAGAGCUCUCAACCCGAAGCCUACGUUACUGCAGCCACCUACCCCCGGCCCAGCAGGAGAAUGCGGCCCGGAUCCAGGACCCUCCCCCAGCGGCUCGGCACACACAACAUCGACCGACUCCCCUGUCGCAACGACCCCAGACCCUUUUCCGUACUUGACCAAGCUCGUCACUGGCCCUGCCGAGGAGGACACGGCCAACUGGGUCUUCGACCUCGAGUUGCUCCAUCACUUUACCACAUCCACUUAUGAGACCUUCAUGAUCGAUCCCACCCAGCUCGAGGUAAACCACUUGUGGAAGAUGGAGGUGCCUCGGCAAGCCUUCGGCCACAUCUUCCUACUCCAUCAGAUUCUCGCCGUAGCAUCCUACCACCUCGCCCACUUGCAUCCACAAAGCCGCCAAGCUUACUCGCUCCGCGCCUCGCAACACCAAAACGCCGGUAUCCGACGCAUGCGCCUCGCCCUCUCGGAAUUGUCGCCCGCCAACUGCCACGCCCUCUUCGCCUCAUCGUCGCUCCUCUUUAUCGGCUCGCUCGCCGCCGCUUCCACGAACCGCGUGCCCGGCGGGCCCACCGUUGACGACAUCGUCGACGUGCUGAUCCUGGUCAAGGGCAUCGGCAGCGUGCUGUACUCGUCCCAGGACCUGCUACGCUCGGGCCCGCUCUCGGAGCUGUUUGUGCAGCAUGGUGGGACUGAGCUUCCCAAUCCAGCAUUGGACCGUGUCGUACUGGCUGUCGGGGAUUUCUUGGUCGAGAUCGCCGAGACCGAGACCGACGACCGGGUGCGCGCCAUCAUCCAUGCCGAUGCGUACCGCCUAGUGUCCGUCAUUCGUGACUCGCUCGCCAAGUCCGCCAGCGCCGAGUACCGCGUGGUGGCCGCAUGGCCGAUCCAGACGUCGGAUGACUUGAUACCGUUGCUGAGGCAGCGGAACCAAGCCGCGCUCGCGCUGCUCUCGUACUACUGUGUCGUGUUUCACGCCGCGCAACUGCAAGGGUAUUGGUUCAUGCAGGGUUGGGCCGAGGGGGUGAUACGUGAUAUUGCUCAGACCAUGACCGGUCCGUGGAAGCGGCACUCUGCCUGGGCCCUGGGUUGGAUCACGGGGCACGCGGCAAUGGGGUGA